ACCAUAAUAAACAGUCUACAGGCCUGCGUGCGUCAUAAAGCAGCAUGACAUCUGUGAGAUAUUAAUGCAGAUAAAAGCAGUACUUUUCUGUCAUCUAGGUUUCUUCUCCGUGCAUGUCUGCUAUGUGUUUGCACUUUGCAGGAGGAUCUGGUUUUGUUGGCCGUGCACUGACUCAACAACUCAGAGACAAAGGCCACGAGGUCACAGUGAUUUCUCGUCAGCCUGGUCCAGGGAGAAUAACGUGGGAUGAGGUUGACUCUCGUGGCCUCCCACCAUGUGAGGGCGCCGUCAACUUGGCUGGAGAGAAUCUCAUGAACCCACUGCGAUGGUGGAAUGAGAGCUAUAAGAAGGAUCUGUUCUCCAGCCGCAUCAAUACAACAAAGACUUUGGCUGAGGCCAUUACGACUUCUCCCAGUCCUCCUCAGUCCUGGGUCCUGGUGUCAGGUGUAGCGUGCUACAAGCCCAGUCUGACAGCCGAGUACACAGAAGACAGUGAGUGGGAGCCGUUUGACAUCCUCUCAACGCUCGUCAAAGAGUGGGAGGCCGCGGCACGUCUUCCUGAUCACGCGGCAAAAACCACGAAACAAGUCGUCAUCCGGCCGGGGGCAGUGUUGGGUCGAGAUGGUGGCGCCAUCAAGCAAAUGUUGCUGCCUUUCUGGCUCGGCCUUGGGGGAACUUUGGGGUCUGGAACACAGCCGUUCCCGUGGAUCCACGUCUCAGACCUGGCGGGAAUCAUCACCCACGUCCUGGAGUCUCCCGCUGAUAGCUCCGCCCCUUUGCCCCAAGUGUUGAAUGGUGUCGCUCCUGUUCUAAAUACCAACUAUGACUUCACAAAGGAACUGGGGCGGGUCCUGAGGCGGCCCACUGUUUUGGCCGUGCCUGCGUUUGUCAUGAACGCCCUGCUGGGCUCGGAGAGGGCCAUGGUCCUCACCCAGGGUCAGAAAGUCCUACCCAGGAGGACUUUAGAGGCUGGAUUCCAGUACCAGUACCCAGAGUUGAGCUCAGCCCUGAAACAGAUUGUUGGGGGCUAACGAGUUAGAAAUGGAGUACGAAUUUAAUUACUGUGAUAUACACUAAGUUUGCAGAUCUUAAUCAUGUGUUUUGAACUCACA